ACUGGACCCCAACCCUCCGCGAGGCCUUUGCAUUGCUGCUUUCCACCCCCCUCUUCCUACUUCAACCUUCCCUAGUUUUUUUUUCUCCCAACCGUUUCCACGCCAGAUACAUAGAAACUCCGUCAUUUGUGUAUUAAAAACAGAGCACUCAGGAAGUACAUCGUCGAUAACUAUGGGCUCUGGCGAGGUAUUACCUUCUGUUCGGCCCUUGAAGCGCUCAGCUUCGACAGUAUCAUUACCUACACCACCCAGGACCCAAAGAAGGCGACGAAGGAAUUUGCGAUCGACGAAGGAUGUCUCGACGGAUGAGGACGGUGAUACAGCAGGCGAGGGCCCGGGUGGUCGUGUUCUUUUUGGUUCAGAUAAGGAAGCUGUGGGCGAGAAUGCACGUAGUCACAAGCGACGAAAGCUCAGCCACAUCAGCGAAGACGAUGAUCAAGAUGCAUUCUGGGCGGGAGUUGGAGAACAGGCUUCAGUUUCGAAACCAGAAGUGUCCAAGAACUCAUCCUCGCGGUCACUCUCGGAACCUGAAAUGGGCACGGCUCUCGCUGACGACAAUUCGGAUUCAGAGACGUCUUUUCUUUCCCGACGGCGGAUGAAGCAGUCUAUGACUACAGGUUCUGCCCCAGUCUCACCGCCGCCUUCUUAUCGCAGGCCACGGGCAGCCAAGGUAGCCAACAUCAAGACUGGUAGGGCAGGUGCUAUUGACGCUCUCCAUACUGUCGCAGAAACAGAAGAGGAAGAUCUACCUUCUUCGCGGCCUGGUGCCGAGGCGAAGCGUUCUGCCAAUGUUAGUCCUGUGGCACUAACUCCCUCACUUCCUGCGACACCCAAAACACCCAAGACACCAAAGUCACAAAUUCGCUCUGGCAUCUCACCUAUGAUGCUACUACGGAAAUCUCCUGAUAACCCUUUCUUGUCAUCGCCAGAAUCUCCGAGUGAUAGCUCCGCCAAAGCGGUGAGGCCAACUGGAAAAGGUGGUGUGUAUGAGGAAAAACCAACCAUCGAUCUGGUUUUCCGUGGAGUACGGAGGGCAUAUCCUAACCCUUAUUACAACCACACGCUGGGAAGACCCCAUUCUCCAAAGCGCAAUUCUCUGCUACCACCUGAACAUCCCGAUUUCUCCCCUGAUCCAUGUGUCCAACCGAGGGUACUUUGGCCGAGGAAAGCCAAGAUGAAGAAAGCGCGCACGGACGAAAUUGAGGAACCCACAACACCAACCAAGGCUAAAGGGAGGAAAGUUACUUCACUUCUGAAGUCGCCGCCGAUGACUGUGAAGCGGACCGCUGGGAAGGUUGCUAAUGCCAAGAGUCGGAGUCUGAUCGAUAGCGACGAUGAAGACCAGAAGCUCGACCCAGAAGCCGUAUUUCCAGUGCGACCCUUGAGGUUCUUUUGAAGAAGAUCAUGCUGGGUCUCGCUGCUCUUUUAUCUAACACCCUCCAUCAACUUGCUUCUUGUUACCGCCUCCCUUUUCACUUGACACCUAUCAUUUUCCUCUUUACCUUCCUUCUUAUUCUCUUUUUUCUCUUCUCGAUUUGUGCGACACCUCUAUCUACACUGCGACUGCGAUACCUUAUUGACUAUUCAUAUCUACCCGAAUCCCGUGUAGCUCCUCGCUACAUCUUUUCCAUAUCUACCUGCUACCCACCUACCUAACCGUAUUUCAUGUUCAGCUCGUUGAUUUGUGAUUAAAUGAAAGAUACAUGCGUCUAUCGUGCUGUAGCUACUUACUCCACGUAUCGAAUAAGCUUCGGUGAAGCUAUGGAUUCGCACCUGAGGAAAAGGAAAAGGAUGUCAUUGGC